ACUGGUGGCUGCAUAAUAUGCAUAUGCAGUGCGGUAUUUUCACCCGGCCUUAUUUAGCCAUUUUCCGCUGUUGUCUCUCAUUAAAUCGCUGCCCAAAAAAAAAUUUCUCGCCUGCGCUUGCGCUAAAUGCUAGAAAAACCGUUUUAACCAUCAAACGCGAAUUCUUGAGCCGCGCCUAAACGAAACCGAGUGACUUAAGAACCAGAACGAAAACUCCGGGAAAAUGGAAGCCAGCGAAAAUCAGGGCUAACUAACGCAGGCAGCGGGGCCACCAUUUUUAAUUUCUUUGUUUAUUUUGUGCCCAUCUUCGCGAGCGAGCGAGACAGCGCGACAGCAACAGCAAGAGAGAGCGAGAGAGAGUGAGUGAGUGAGAGCGAUCGACUGAAGAGAGCGCAGGAGGAGUUGGAUAUGGAAAUGGGCAUGGAUAUGGCAAUGGGCUCACUCCAGGGAUAACGGAUCAAGUGCAAGCAAUGGCCAGCAGCGCCGGAAGUGCGGCAUCCGGAUCCGUUGUUCCGGGCGGCGGAGGUAGCGCCGCCUCCAGUUGUGCCACCAUGGCCCUGUCCACCGCCGGAUCCGGUGGACCGCCCGUGAACCACGCCCACGCCGUCUGCGUGUGGGAGUUCGAGUCGCGCGGCAAGUGGCUGCCCUAUUCGCCGGCGGUGUCGCAGCACCUGGAACGCGCCCACGCCAAGAAACUGACGCGCGUCAUGCUGAGCGAUGCGGAUCCCAGCCUGGAGCAGUACUACGUCAACGUGCGCACCAUGACCCAGGAAUCGGAGGCGGAAACGGCCGGCUCCGGCCUGCUGACCAUCGGCGUUCGGCGCAUGUUCUACGCACCCAGCUCGCCGGCGGGCAAGGGAACCAAGUGGGAGUGGUCGGGCGGCAGUGCCGAUAGCAACAACGACUGGCGGCCGUACAACAUGCACGUCCAGUGCAUCAUCGAGGACGCCUGGGCGAGGGGCGAACAAACCUUGGACCUGUGCAACACCCACAUCGGCCUGCCCUACACCAUUAACUUUUGCAAUCUCACCCAGCUGCGCCAACCUAGCGGACCCAUGCGCAGCAUCCGGCGUACCCAGCAGGCGCCGUAUCCCUUGGUGAAGCUAACGCCGCAGCAGGCCAACCAACUCAAGUCGAAUUCCGCCAGCGUGAGCAGCCAGUACAACACUCUGCCCAAACUGGGCGACACCAAGAGCCUGCACAGAGUGCCCAUGACCCGGCAGCAGCACCCACUGCCCACCAGCCAUCAAGUGCAGCAGCAGCAGCAUCAGCACCAGCAUCAGCAACAGCAUCAACAGCAGCAACAUCAUCACCAGCAUCAGCAACAGCAGCAACACCAGAUGCAGCACCAUCAGAUCCAUCAUCAGACGGCGCCCAGGAAGCCGCCUAAGAAGCACAGCGAGAUCUCCACCACCAAUCUACGCCAGAUACUCAACAACCUAAACAUCUUCAGCAGCAGCACCAAGCACCAAUCGAACAUGGCGACGGCGACCAGUGCCAGUUCGUCCUCCUCAUCGGCCUCGCUGCACCAUGCCAACCAUCUGUCGCAUGCCCACUUCUCGCACGCCAAGAACAUGCUGACUGCCUCGAUGAACAGUCAUCAUAGUCGCUGCUCGGAGGGAUCCCUGCAGUCGCAAAGGAGCAGCCGGAUGGGCUCGCAUCGCUCGAGAUCGCGGACGCGGACCUCGGACACGGACACGAACAGUGUGAAAUCGCAUCGGCGGAGACCCAGUGUGGACACCGUGUCCACUUACCUCAGCCACGAGAGCAAGGAGAGCCUGCGCAGCAGGAACUUCGCCAUUUCGGUCAAUGACCUGCUGGACUGCUCGCUUGGCAGCGACGAGGUUUUUGUGCCCUCGCUGCCGCCAUCGUCGCUGGGCGAAAGGGCGCCGGUGCCGCCGCCAUUGCCACUGCAUCCGCGACAGCAACAGCAGCAGCAACAACAGCAGCAACAGCUGCAGAUGCAACAGCAGCAACAGGCGCAGCAGCAGCAGCAGCAAUCAAUCGCCGGUUCGAUUGUGGGCGUGGACCCGGCCAGCGAUAUGAUAUCGCGUUUUGUCAAGGUGGUGGAGCCACCGCUGUGGCCCAAUGCCCAGCCCUGUCCCAUGUGCAUGGAGGAGCUGGUGCACUCCGCCCAGAAUCCGGCCAUAUCGCUGAGUCGCUGCCAGCAUCUCAUGCAUUUGCAGUGCCUCAAUGGGAUGAUCAUUGCCCAGCAAAACGAAAUGAACAAGAACCUCUUCAUCGAGUGCCCUGUUUGCGGCAUCGUUUACGGCGAGAAGGUGGGCAAUCAGCCCAUUGGCAGCAUGUCGUGGAGCAUUAUCAGCAAGAAUCUGCCAGGACACGAGGGUCAGAACACCAUACAGAUUGUCUACGACAUUGCAUCGGGCCUGCAGACGGAGGAGCAUCCUCAUCCGGGUCGUGCCUUCUUCGCCGUGGGAUUCCCGCGGAUCUGCUACUUGCCGGACUGCCCGCUGGGGCGAAAGGUGCUGCGCUUCCUCAAGAUCGCCUUCGAUCGUCGGCUGCUAUUCUCGAUCGGACGAUCGGUGACCACCGGACGCGAGGAUGUGGUGAUCUGGAACAGUGUGGAUCACAAGACGCAGUUCAAUAUGUUUCCGGACCCCACCUAUCUGCAGCGAACCAUGCAGCAGCUGGUGCACCUGGGCGUGACGGAUUAAGGAUGAGGUCGCUGUCCCCAGUAGAACCACCAACCAAUCAACCAACCACCCACCCACCGAAGUCCCCUCGAUCAUUCUCUUCCAUUCGUCGUUAAGUUACUUUCUACAUAAUCUCAGUGUGUGUGCAAUCCUCGUUUACUAUGAUAUAUUUUUUUUAUAGAUAUAUUGUAAUAGCGUUCGAGCUGCUCGAACCCUAAACAACAGCAAACCACAAUUGCAAUUGUAGCUUCCUUUCCGCUCUUCCAAUUCGUAUUUGUACGCACUUACCCAAUAAGUUGGCGUACAUCAUAUGUAUUAGCUAGUUAGUUAGUUAGUUGUAGCUGUAGUUCCCAAGAGAAUCUUGACCCAAGACACCUACUAGUAUUAGGCAUUAUCCUGAUUCUUGAUUCCUGAUUCGAUUCAAGCCAAGCCAAGCCACGCCAUUCGAGUGUAAGCUGUGCCAAAAUCGUAGCGCUCCCGUUUAUAGGAUAUGUAUAUUGUUGAUAUAGCUAGCUAUAACCAUUGCCCAUCUCUCCAUCUCUCUCGGUUUCGAAUUCGUCUCUAUCAUCAGAUCCGUGUGGAUUUUCUUUAUAUAUCGCUAUAGGAUUAAUAGUAUUUUGGGAGAGGACUGGAGAUGGGUAAAUUCGAUAGACUUGUCUCACUUGUCUUGGCCAUUUAAUCUCUUUCAUUCAGCGAAUUUGAUGUGAUUUUAAUUUGAAUUAUUCAUUAUUAAACGGAGCAUUUAGGAAGCAUAGUUGUAACUCAGCCAGAUAUUCCAUUACGCAUAUACAUUAUACAUACAUAAACAUAUUUUAACAUAACCCAUAACCAUACGACAUAACAAUAAUUUUUUUUUAUCGAAUCCCUUGCAUACAUUUGAUGAAUUGUUGCUUUCAUAUUGAUAUCAUCGAGCAUCGAACGAACUAUCGUAUACAUCGCCAAUAUAUAGCCUAUAUAGCAUAUAAUAUGUAGAGAUCGUACGGACAGCUAGCGGCUUCUGUCCGCGCCACCAUAUUUGAUAUGAUAUGAUAUGAUUUUACUAAGUUGUAUUUAGCACUGAUUAGUUAUUAGAGUUCAUUGCGAAUAUUCCACAACAAAUUCCACACGAUUUAUGUAUGCAUAUUACGCAUACAUAAUACAGUACAUUUAUAUAUAGUUCAAAUAAAGUAACUUCAUUCAUGUUCAAA